AGGCGGAGGGAGGCGGCAUGGCCCGGCUCGGCCCGGCCGGAGGCGGCGGCGGCGGCGGAGGAGGAGGAGGCAGCCCCGUCGUCCCCCUGCGGCUGGAGUCCCCGUCCGCCGGCCCCGCGCCGCACUGGCUGGCCGUGCUGAUGGUGCUGCUGCCGGACGGCGAGGACGACGACGAGGGCGACGAGGCGGGAGCCCAGGCCGGCCGGCGCAGGAGGAGGCGCAGGAGGCGCGCGAGAGCAGCCGCUGCUCCAGCCGCCGCCGCUGGGCUGCUCUCCGGGGACCCUCGCCGGAGGCUCCUCCUGCUGCUGCUGCCCGCGAAUGGGGGCUCCGCAGGCGGCAGUGGCGGCGGCCCGCGCUCCCACCCGCCUGCGCCCUCGGAGGGUCUCCCCAGAGGUGGGCUGACCAUGAAGGAAGAGCCUUUGACCGGUGGUGGGCUGUCAGCUGUGAGGUCUUGGAUGCACGGGACUGGCAUUCUGGACGCCAACACCGCAGCUCAAAGUGGCGUUGGGCUGGCUCGGGCCCAUUUCGAGAAGCAGCCCCCGUCCAACCUCAGGAAAUCCAACUUUUUCCACUUCGUCUUGGCCAUGUACGACCGGCACGGCCAGCCUGUGGAGAUCGAGAGGACGUCUUUCAUCGACUUCGUGGAGAAGGACAGGGAGCAGACAGGAGAGAAAACCAACAAUGGCAUCCACUACCGGUUACAGCUUUUGUACAGUAACGGACUUCGGACGGAGCAGGACCUCUAUGUGCGGUUGAUCGACUCCAUGUCCAAGCAGGCAAUCAUCUAUGAAGGGCAAGACAAGAAUCCAGAGAUGUGCCGUGUGCUGCUGACACAUGAAAUCAUGUGCAGCCGCUGCUGCGAUAAGAAAAGCUGUGGGAACCGCAACGAGACACCGUCUGACCCCGUCAUCAUCGACAGAUUUUUCCUCAAGUUCUUCCUCAAAUGCAACCAGAACUGCCUGAAGAAUGCAGGGAACCCCCGGGACAUGCGCCGCUUUCAGGUUGUGGUGUCGACGACAGUCAAUGUGGACGGCCAUGUCCUGGCGGUGUCUGAUAACAUGUUUGUGCACAACAACUCCAAGCAUGGGAGGCGGGCAAGAAGGCUGGACCCCUCUGAAGCUGCCACCCCCUGCAUCAAAGCCAUCAGCCCCAGUGAAGGCUGGACGACGGGCGGCGCCACCGUCAUCGUCAUCGGGGACAACUUCUUUGACGGAUUGCAGGUGGUCUUUGGCACCAUGUUGGUGUGGAGCGAGCUCAUCACGCCGCACGCAAUCCGUGUGCAGACUCCGCCAAGGCACAUUCCCGGAGUGGUGGAAGUGACCCUCUCCUACAAAUCGAAGCAGUUCUGCAAAGGAGCGCCAGGACGCUUUGUUUACACUGCCUUGAAUGAGCCAACCAUCGACUACGGCUUCCUGCGCUUGCAGAAGGUGAUCCCGCGACACCCUGGAGACCCUGAACGUUUGCCCAAGGAAGUGCUACUCAAGAGAGCGGCUGACCUGGUGGAAGCGUUAUAUGGGAUGCCGCACAACAACCAGGACAUAAUUCUGAAGCGAGCGGCGGAUAUUGCUGAGGCUUUGUACAGCGUCCCGCGCAACCCCAACCAGUUGACCUCGCUGACCGGGAACCAUGCCCACUCGGGCAUGAUGAAUGUCAACUCCUUUGGGAGCCAGCUGGCCAUCAACAUCAGCGAAUCCACCCAGGGCUCGGAGCAAGGGUACACACGCAACACAAGCAGUGUCUCGCCACGAGGCUAUGUCCCCAGCUCCACCCCGCAGCAGAGCAACUACAACACCAUCACGUCCAGCAUGAACGGCUAUGCAGGGACUGCCAUGACCAGCCUGGGGGUUCCGGGGUCCCCCAGCUUCCUCAACGGCUCCACGGCCAACUCCCCCUACGCCAUCAUGCCCUCCAGCCCGCCCCUGGGGGCCUCGUCCAUCGCCAGCUCCUCGACCCCCGGAGGCGUCUUCUCCUUCUCUCCCGUCAACAUGAUCUCCGCCGUCAAGCAGAAAAGCGCCUUUGCCCCCGUGGUGCGGCCGCAAGCCUCUCCGCCCCCUGCCUGCACCACUGCCAACGGGAACACUCUGCAGGACCAAACCUUUGAGGAUUCGGCAGACAAGUUCCACACUCCGUCUCGGUCGCUGCAAGGACUGGCUUAUUCCUAAUCACACACAUUGUCGGGUCUCAUCGUUCCGCCCAUGUGAUCGGGAAACGGAGGAUGGGCUGGGCUGGAAGGAGGGACCAACAGACUGGCGCUGACCCAGACCCUUGGACUUGGAAGGGUGUGGGCCCUUCUCAAUGCAUUCCUGGAGCACACGCCUCCCCACCCCCAGCUCCUUCCAACCCGGCUGCAGGAUUUCAAGAAGGCUCCCCCUUCUGGUGGGAGGCUGCAGUGCAGUGGGGCAAGCACUGGGAAGUGAUGCUCACUCAUCUGCUACCAGGAGAUGCUCAGCCACAAACUGGGGGCGAAGAUACAAUUUUUAGGGAGAGGUGUUUGAGGGGGUUUCAGCACUGCCAUCCUUUCUUUACCCCGCCCUCUUGCACCAUUCCUCACAGCUUUGGUUAAAGAAUCGGAAGCAAAGCCCGCCCGCACCAUCCCCUCACCUGGGUCCCACCCCCCUAAGGUAGAUUUGUUCCCAGCAAAGAGCAGAGUGUUCUCCAGUCUUAGCCGGAGAGGGUCUCCUUUUGGAAGCCAGACCCUGAGCGUCAGCCCUGCGCACGAGGACUCCUGGGUCCUCCUUCUCACUAUUCUUAAAUUGUUGCUCCCAUGGCCUUGGGUGUGGACCCCAGGAAAUGAUUUGGCAAGGAGGGAGUGGUCUUCCCUAUGCUUCGGGGGGUUUCCAUCUCUGCUCCAAAGCAAACUGGUUCACGUUACACCCCUGGCCAAACCGGAGAUUGCUUUUCGGCAAGGUGGAAGAGAGCCUGCGUUCCAAACAGUGACACUGCCUUUCCCUUUUCUAAACCCCCACCUUGCAACGCGCAGGCCCUAUCAGUCCUCCAGCACAGAAAAACCUGGGUGCUGGAGGACCUCGCUGUGGGCAAAGCCUUUGGGGCUCACCGCUCCAUCACAUCGCCCGAAAGGUCCAUCCCUUGCCAACCGCAACUGCUAGCCAGCCUCCUCUUAACACGUGUCUUAAUCUGAAGGUUUUGGGGCUAAGCAGCCCCUUCUAACUGGACACGUGUGAAGAACCCUGGCAACUUUCCCCCUUCCGCCCAGAUCUUGGCCAUGUGUCGCUCAUCUUCUUCCCAGGCGUUCCAGAUGUUGAAAUGCCCACCCACGAAUCCCCCAGAGAGAGUUUCUCCUUUGCUCCCUUCCGCCUCGCCCCAUCGAGGCAGGAAGGGCCGCCGUCUCCCGAUUCCUGAAACCAGAAAGGGCUCGACAAGCCAAAUCCUUCUAAAUUGACGUGCUCUUGGGCCGAGUGAAUGGCAGGAGCCUUUGUGGGGACAACUGGCUUCUCUGCCGAGAAGCAGCAAAUGCCCCGUACUGGCCGGCUUUCCGGUGCAGGAGGGUGGGCUCAGAGCUCUAAGGUUUUGCAAGCUCGUUGAUCAGGAGGAUCACACAGCAGGACCCCACUCCGGUCCCACCUCCCCUGGGAUCCAGUAGGUGACAGGAAGCUACCUUGUACCAAGAGAGAGCACAGAUACACCUGGCUCUGGUGGGACCUUCUACAUGCAAGGCAGGUGUCCUGGCCCUCAGCAUCAUUGAUACUUAGUGGCAGGGACUUCACAGGACUUCAGGCAAGGAUCCCUCCCUUGCAGAUGCCACAGGUGGGAGAUGGGACCUUCUACAUGCAAGGCAGGUGUCCUGGCCCUGAGCCAAGGCCCAACCAGUGAGCCGCAGUAGCUCUGGAGUGGUGGCGCAGUUUGUGGCUUGCGGGAAAUAUUUUUCCACCUGGUGUAAUACUUAAGAGACAGCCCUGUAGGAGCAGAAAGUGAGGAGGGAGUAGGCAGGGUAGACGAUUCUUGGAGUAAGAGCACAGGCGUCGUCUCUCCAAGCCCCGGACUCACAGUUCACGUGAAUGUCUCCCCAUAGGGGACCCACCCCCAACCCGUCAUAGAAUUGUAGAGUUGGAAGGGACCCAGGGGUCAUCUAGUCCAACCCCUUGCAAUACCCCAGAAUACCCCUCCCCGGUAUCCCAGAGCCGGCUUUCUUCCCCCAGGAGCAGAGAAGGUGAUAGGAUAGCCCUGGUGCCCACGGAAAGUGAUCCUCAGCUGUAGUCAUAUCAACACUCGUAUCUGACUUUAAGAGUCGUGGCUUCCCCCAAAAAAAUAUUCCUGGGAACUGUAGUUUUGUUACGGGCACGGAGGGUGGUAAAGAAGCCCUGGAUAAACUACAGUUCUAUGGAUUUUUUUGGGGGGAAGCCAUGAUUCUCUACAGUGGAAUAAGAGGGCUUUAAAUUUAUGGUGUGGCCGCAACCAAAAUCUACGGUAUAAACUUCUUCCUGGUUGUCUUAUCUGUGUUCCCCUAUAAGGAAUCACAGGAAUUUUAGAUUGUUGAGGGAAAAACAUAGUAGAUACUCUGUUUUGAGAUUUCCCCAGCCUCUCCUCAGAGAACUGCCGGUCCCUGGGGAGAGGGAAUGGCUAUGAAACCGGUUUAAAGAGUAGACUAGACGCCAAUCCUUUUGAAGGAAUGUGCUCCUCUACGUGAAACGUGCCUGUGGACAGCACAGAAAUUGAGAAUUGGGUGUUGCCUCAGCAAACACUCCCCUGAUCCCAGAUUUGCUAAAAUGCUGGGGGAUUUGGGGGUGCUUGAGGGUGUGGGAACUCCUUUGCCGAACCCCCACAAACGCUUCCCCCCCGAUGGGCUGGUUUUUAGUUUCAGACCUGGACGGAAAGGAACGAGAUAUCAGGGACUGCGCCCAACUUUAGCGGGGAUCCUUUUUUCCCAGGGGGAGACUCAGCAAGCGCCGGACAAAGAGCUAAGCAGCUUCUCAUCCCAUGAACUGAUUCUCCCCGCCCCGCUGUGCUGGCAUUACAUGGCAAACACGGGUGCCCACCCAACUUGGUUCUGCAACCAAAGCCGCUCCCCUGGAAAACUGGGCACCCACCAUGUUGUUUCCACACUAAGGCCCCUGGAAAACUCACACUGGCAUUAGUUGUCAGUCCCUUUUCCCCUUGGCAGCCACAGCGAUUUCAGGACGUGCCUUUCCAUGUUCGGAAAAUGGCCUUCAGGAGGGCUUCGUUCCUAUUUCCAGUUUCACGUUUUCCUCCUUGGUUUUCUUUUCAACCACCCGGGCAAUCUCAAGCCCGUACGAAAUGCCGGUACACUGUUUUUUGCAUAUCUUUUUUUAAUAUCUAUAUAAAAAACCCUCUCCCUUUCUUUUUUAAAAGCGACAAAAAUACAGUCCUGUGUUGUUGUUUUUACACACACUUCUUUUCUUUUUUGUAAAAAGAGAAUUAGAGUUUUAAAAAACUGGGGCGCGAUCCAGCAGAGCGGUCUCCGGCCCGAGCCCCGCUAAAAACGAAGCGCUGUGUGUGUUUCAGCGGAGCUGUGGUCGGGGAGCUUCCUGCUGCCUCGCGCCCCUGGCUUUUCAGGCGAAUCUUCUCUCGGCCUCCCGCAGUUAUUUUUCUAGCAUUAUUUCCAAGUGGGAAGGAGGGGAUCAAACUUUUGUAAAUAAAGAUUAUGGGGAAAGAAGAGCCCCGGAUGCUGGGCUUGCAAACCACCCCUUCGCAGGGGGGCUUGUUCUCUCUCUGUGUAUUUAUCUUUGUCGUACGGAGAAUCCUUCUCCUGUUUCAUGUUUCCUUUGUGUAUUUUUUUCAUUAUUGUUUUUAAUUUUAUUUUCUACAUUGUCCGUUGUGUGUCCUGUGACGGCUGUUGUACAAUAGCAAUGUUGAUAAAUGCCCGGCUGCACUGUUUUUCAAUGUAAGCACAC